AAAGAAAAACAUAAAGAGCUUUAGCCUUUAGACGCUCCUCCCCCUUUUUUGUAUAUUUUUGAUAUUACUUACGUGUGCUCUACGCGAGUCUCUCUCUGUCUCUGUCCUUCUCUUGUUCCUGUCGCUACCUUGUGGUUGAGUUAGUAAAAAAAUCUCAUAACCCCCCAACCCCCCCCCCCCCCCNCCCCCACAAUGGAAAUGGGAGAGAGCAUCAUCAACUCGAGUUGUUAGGGUUUGCGAUAUUUUUGAGGUUUGUGUCGGUGAGAUCUCCAGAAAUUGUAAAAAAAAAAAAGAUAAGGGUUCUCUAGGGAUAUAGGUUUUUGUUUUCUCUCACUCAGAAAAUGCGAAAAUCGUUCAAGGAUUCACUCAAGGCUCUUGAAGCUGAUAUCCAGUUCGCCAACACCCUGGCAUCAGAGUAUCCAGAGGAGUAUGAUGGUGGCUGCGUGCAGAUGAGACUAUCUUACAGCCCCGCGGCUCAUCUCUUUCUCUUCCUUCUUCAGUGGACGGAUUGUCAUUUCGCUGGCGCUCUUGGAUUGCUUAGGAUCCUUAUUUAUAAGGCAUAUGUUGAUGGGAAAACCACAAUGUCGCUACAUGAACGCAAAGCUAGCAUCAGAGAAUUCUAUGAUGUGUUGUUUCCUUCGCUAUUGCAACUUCACGGAGGGAUAACCGAUGUAGAAGAAAGGAAACAGAAGGAGAUAUGCGACAAAAGAUACCGGAAAAAGGACAGAACAGAUAAAGGAAAGAUGUCAGAGAUCGACUUGGAGAGGGAAGAAGAGUGUGGCAUUUGCUUGGAGGUUCGGAAUAAAGUUGUUCUUCCUACUUGCAAUCACUCCAUGUGUAUAAACUGCUACAGAAACUGGCGUGCACGGUCACAGUCGUGCCCGUUCUGUAGAGGCAGCUUGAAAAGGGUGAAUUCUGGUGAUCUGUGGAUUUACACUUCGAGCAAAGAGAUUGCGGAUAUACCAGCGAUUUACAAGGAGAAUCUGAAGAGGUUGUUGAUUUACAUUGACAAGUUGCCUCUCGUUGCUUCUGAUCCAAAUCUAGGCUCUUAUGCUCCUCUUGCUCGGUGAACAGUUCACUCUCUCUCUAUAUUUCUUCUAGUUAUGCACAUAGCAAUAUUACAUCAUCUCUUUGUGCCCACUUUGUAUAUAACAACAUUUUAUGUGUUUUCUCUCUUUCUGUUUCUGCCUUUUAAGUUAUUUUUUAUUCAGCUCUCUACAGUCUCUGGUUUGGAUUUUGUGUAUAAAAACAAACCACCUUUGGUUAACCACAUUGAUAGAUCUCGAUAAUUUGUUGA